AUGUCUUCGAAAGCGAGGUACUACUUGGAACAGGCCAUUCCUGAGGUCGACGACUUAGUAGCCAAAGGCCUCUUCACAAAAAAUGAGGUCAGUUCUAUUAUGAAGAAGAGGACUGAUUUCGAGCACAGGUUAAAUUCUAGAGGUUCUAGGAUAGAGGAUUAUGAGAAGUACGUCGACUUUGAGAGUAAUGUUGAAAAACUGCGCCGUAAACGAGUUCAACGCAUAUUAGAAGGGUCCAAACCCAGCAGCAUAUCCGACUGGUCCAUUCAGCAGAGAAUACAGUUUAUUUUUCAGCGAGGAUGUAAUAAGUUCCCUAAGGAGCUGAAAUUUUGGUCAUUCUACCUGAAUUACCUAAAAAACCGGGGACAAAAGACUUCUUAUCGCAGGAUUCAUAGCGUUUACAAUCAAUUACUCAAGCUUCAUCCUACCAAUAUAGAUAUUUGGGUGAGUUGUGCUAAGUAUGAGUACGAAGUUCACGCAAAUUUUAAAAGUUGCAGAACAGUAUUCCAAAACGGACUGCGAUUCAACCCCGAUUCAACCAUGCUAUGGUUUGAGUAUGUGAAAUUUGAACUCAAUUUCAUCACAAAGUUGAUCAACAGACGCAAGGUCAUGGGUUUGAUCAAUGAGCGUGAACAAGCGCUAGAUCUACAGGCUCAAGAGGAAGAGUCAACUCCACAGGAGGAGAGCGAAACAAGGUUGAAUGAAAUCGCAGAUGACGAUGAUAACCUUGCUUUUGCGAAACCUUCAACUGGAGACGCAAUGAAAGACAAGUUAAACGAACUUCCAGAGGCUGACAUGGAUAUGUUGGGAAAUGAAGAUACCAACCCAGCAUUGCGGGGUGAUAUUGCUCUCACAAUAUUCGAUGUGGCAAUGAAAAACUUAGGAGAGCACUACUUGAAGAAACAUAGAGGCUACUACGCUUCUUCGGGCUCGGCACCAGAUCAUGAGCUAAUUGUAGGGUCGGUGAGUCAUCUGUUCAAUAUCUCCUUGACCUACGUUUCUCUAUUUUCUAGCUUCUCUGAUCUACACAGAGAUUACCUCACCAAUCAUGUUAUUCAACAUUGGAAGAACAACACUUACAAUGUUAAGCUGGAACAAGAACUACCCGAUAUUUAUGUGAAGCUUCUGAUUUUAGAUAUCACUUUGAAUAUCAGGUUCAUGAGUGUCGAUCAAUUGGAUGUCGACCAAUUGCAGUUGUCCGUCAACAAAUUUAUUGCAUACAACGUUAAGGUCAGUGAAGGUAUCAAGAGAAAAUUGAAGGCGUCUUAUGUAGAGUAUCUGCAAGACUGCAUCCUUUCGAAAAUGAACAAGGAGGAGGAUCCUAGAUUCAAGAUAAUCAACGCUAUCAUCAAAAAAUUAUAA